AAAAAGCAACAGAAGAAUGUUGGACGUAAACAAAGCUAACAGUGGAGGGACAAAUAACGCAUCCUGCCUAACCAAAGUGAUGUCUUCAAAGUGAAUGGACAAGCAGCUGGCCCGCUUCCCUCGACAUUAACAUUAUAAGCGGACAAUAUGGAGGAGUCGUGGGAUUUUGAGUUUCUGUCCCGCAUCGCUGACAGCUGUCUGUCGUUUAUUUCCGAGUUUGUGGACGAUUGGCUCGCCAACGACAUGAGGGUCUCCAUAUUCAAAAUCCUGCUCAGCUGGCUGAUAUUUAGUCUAAUCGCAAUUCACUUUGCAUGGAAAGUCUACGGGAACACAGUGAACGACAUGUAUUACCGACAAGGGGCUGGGCAGAACGGAGGAACACCGGAGGCAGCUUCCCACCUGGGCGGAUGGGUGAGUGAAGCUGGGGACCCUAUGAAGACCCAUCAGGACUGAGUACUCAUCCUGAAAUCAGGGCUGGAUAUUUUUACUUCAGACACUAAAUGGACAUGAUCAGUUUUGAACAUCUAUCAGUUCUCCUAGGAUGCUGUCGAACAAAGUUUGGCAUGCUUACUUUGAGCACCGGUCACGGAGCAGGACACUUUUCAGCAAGAAUGACUGAAAUAAAUUGUGUUGUCAACAUGGA